CAGCCACAGCUGGCUUCUCUUUCAGAGGAGGAGAGUGUGAGGAGCUGCAGAGCCCAUCUCUGCCUCUUCCCACAGCACCUGGCAGGGGCUUCGCAGACGAGAGGAGCGCGAAUGGGCAGAGCAGAGUCUCUAGAAGAGAAGAUGAGCGCCCAGGAUCCUUCAGACCUGUGGAGCAGAUCAGACGAAGCUGAGCUGAUCCAGGACUUGGGGUGGUACCACGGCAACCUCACCCGCCAUGCGGCCGAGGCUCUUCUCCUCUCAAACGGAUGUGAUGGGAGCUACCUUCUGAGGGACAGCAAUGAAAGGACCGGGUUGUACUCUCUCUCUGUGAGAGCCAAAGACUCUGUCAAACACUUUCAUGUUGAAUAUACUGGAUAUUCUUUUAAAUUUGGUUUUAAUGAAUUUUCAUCUUUGAAAGAUUUUGUCAAGCAUUUCGCAAAUCAGCCUUUGAUUGGAAGUGAGACAGGUACUCUGAUUGUUCUGAAACAUCCUUAUCCAAGACAAGUGGAAGAACCUUCCAUUUAUGAAUCCGUCCGGGUUCACACAGCAAUGCAGACAGGAAGAACAGAAAACGACCUGGUGCCCACUGCGCCUUCUCUGGGCACCAAGGAAGGUUAUCUCACCAAACAGGGGGGCCUGGUCAAGACCUGGAAAACAAGAUGGUUCACUUUACACAGGAAUGAACUGAAAUACUUCAAAGACCAGAUGUCACCAGAACCAAUUCGGACCCUAGACUUAACAGAAUGUUCGGCCGUGCAAUUUGAUUACUCACAGGAAAGGGUCAACUGUUUUUGCUUAGUAUUUCCAUUCAGGACAUUUUAUCUCUGUGCAAAGACAGGAGUAGAAGCUGAUGAGUGGAUCAAGAUAUUACGCUGGAAAUUGUCUCAGAUAAGAAAACAGCUCGAGCAAGGAGAAGGCACAAUCCGGUCUCGGUCAUUCAUCUUUAAAUAGACCUUCCCUGACAGGAAUGUCGUGGCCCAGGAGUGGGACAGCAUUCUCCCUGAUGUUGUGAUCCGUAGCAGGCUUCAGUUUUCUUUAAAAAAAAAAAAAAAAAAAA